UCAUUUCUUUGUUUCCGAAGGCGGAGGAAGCGCUGAGCCCACACCUCCUCGUCCCACCCCCUCCCCCCGGGUGCUGGCUCCAUGUCUGUGUGACCGGCCCCAGGGGUAGAGUCCAGGCCCGACGCGGGGCGGGCCGGCGGCGGCGGCGGCUGAGGUGAGAGGCGGCGGCGGCGCGGGCACCCGGCCCCCCAGCGGGAGGAUGAAGCGGCGGAACGCCGACUGCAGUAAGCUCCGCCGCCCCCUAAAGCGGAACCGGAUCACCGAGGGCAUCUACGGCAGUACGUUUUUAUACCUGAAAUUCCUGGUAGUGUGGGCACUUGUCCUCCUGGCAGAUUUUGUCCUGGAGUUCAGAUUUGAAUACCUGUGGCCAUUUUGGCUUUUCAUCAGAAGCGUCUAUGAUUCCUUCAGAUACCAGGGACUGGCCUUCUCAGUAUUUUUUGUUUGUGUAGCAUUCACGUCAAAUAUAAUAUGUCUGCUGUUCAUCCCCAUACAAUGGCUUUUUUUUGCUGCUAGUACAUAUGUGUGGGUUCAGUACGUAUGGCACACAGAAAGGGGAGUGUGUUUGCCCACAGUAUCCCUCUGGAUACUCUUUGUUUAUAUUGAAGCAGCAAUUAGAUUUAAAGAUCUCAAAAAUUUUCAUGUAGACCUUUGUCGUCCAUUUGCUGCUCACUGUAUUGGGUACCCUGUGGUGACUUUGGGCUUUGGCUUCAAAAGUUAUGUAAGCUACAAAAUGCGGUUGAGGAAGCAAAAGGAAGUGCAAAAAGAGAACGAAUUUUACAUGCAGCUUCUUCAACAAGCCCUCCCCCCAGAGCAACAGAUGCUACAAAAGCAAGAAAAAGAGGCCGAGGAAGCAGCCAAAGGAUUACCUGAUAUGGAUUCCUCAAUCCUCAUACACCACAACGGAGGUAUCCCAGCCAAUAAAAAACUCUCCACAACUUUGCCAGAGAUAGAAUACCGAGAAAAAGGGAAAGAAAAAGACAAAGAUGCCAAAAAACACAACCUUGGAAUAAAUAACAACAAUAUUCUACAACCUGUAGACUCUAAAAUACAAGAAAUUGAGUAUAUGGAAAACCAUAUCAAUAGUAAAAGAUUAAAUAAUGAUCUCGUGGGAAGUACAGAAAAUCUCUUGAAAGAGGACUCAUGCACUGCUUCCUCAAAAAACUACAAAAACGCCAGUGGAGUUGUGAACUCCUCACCUCGAAGUCACAGCGCCACAAAUGGGAGCAUUCCUUCCUCAUCUAGUAAAAACGAGAAGAAGCAGAAAUGCCCUAGCAAGAGCCCAAGUGCACACAAGGACUUAAUGGAAAACUGUAUUCCUAAUAACCAGCUAAGCAAACCAGAUGCACUGGUAAGGCUGGAACAAGACAUUAAAAAGUUAAAGGCCGACCUGCAGGCCAGCAGGCAAGUGGAACAGGAGCUCCGCAGUCAGAUCAGCUCCCUCUCGAGCACCGAGCGAGGGAUCCGCUCAGAAAUGGGCCAGCUCCGGCAAGAGAAUGAGCUGCUGCAGAACAAGUUACAUAAUGCUGUGCAAAUGAAGCAAAAAGAUAAGCAGAAUAUCAGCCAGUUGGAGAAAAAGCUAAAAGCUGAGCAGGAAGCCCGAAGUUUUGUAGAAAAGCAGUUAAUGGAGGAGAAAAAAAGGAAGAAGUUAGAAGAAGCUACUGCUGCCCGGGCUGUUGCAUUUGCUGCUGCGUCUAGGGGAGAGUGCACCGAAACCUUACGGAAUCGGAUCAGAGAAUUAGAAGCAGAGGGCAAGAAGCUCACAAUGGACAUGAAGGUGAAAGAAGACCAGAUCAGAGAACUAGAACUGAAAGUUCAGGAGCUUCGGAAGUAUAAGGAAAAUGAGAAGGACACUGAGGUGUUAAUGUCAGCCCUCUCAGCCAUGCAAGAUAAAACGCAGCACCUGGAGAACAGCCUGAGCGCAGAGACAAGAAUCAAGCUGGACCUGUUCUCCGCACUGGGGGAUGCAAAGCGACAGCUCGAGAUUGCCCAAGGACAAAUUCUUCAGAAAGACCAGGAAAUCAAGGACCUAAAACAGAAGAUAGCCGAAGUCAUGGCCGUCAUGCCCAGCAUAACAUACAGUGCUGCCACCAGCCCCUUGAGCCCCGUUUCCCCACACUACUCUUCCAAAUUUGUGGAGACCAGCCCCUCUGGACUCGAUCCCAAUGCCUCUGUUUACCAGCCCCUGAAGAAAUGAAGGCCAGCAGUGUGUUUUGUCCAGGCUUUGGUUAUCAGAAGGCAUCGCAAAGGAGCGUCUCUGGCAGUCAAGAUUAAAAAAAGUUUAUAUUGUAUUUUGUGGGACUGUAUAUGUUGUCGUUUUUAAAAAGGGGGGAAAAGAUAACAUCCAAGUCUGAUUAGAACUGCCCACCAGUUUUUCUUGUAAGUUUUUAGAAGACCUCACAGAACUUUGCAGUUUAUUUUUCGUGGCCAAUACAUUAAAACCAUUCUUGGAUUUCAA